AUGCCGCCCACGCCGGCGGCCAGCACCGUGUCGCUCCGGGAGCUGGCCGACCUGGCCAUCGGCACCCCGGAGGCGGGCGCCGUCAACUUCACGGCCCUGCACACGCUCAUCGUGGCCAUGCUCCGGAGCCUGAACCUGCAGGAGCUGCGCAUCGACUUCCAGUCGCCGGAGCCCGAGCCGGAGCCGCCGCCGCCGCCGCCGCCGCAGGCCGUGGUCAGCGCCCCGCAGCUGGCGGCGCCGCAGGAGACCAGGCCCGCGGCGCUGGAGAGCCAGGUGAAGGGGCUGGGCGGGCAGGUCCACGACCUCAGCAGGCGGCUCAAGACCAUCACGAGCCAGGUGCAGGGCAUCGUGAGCCACGUGCAGCACCUGACGGCGCCCGCGGGGCUGGCCGCGGACCCCCGGGACUGGCUGGACGAGACGGUCAAGCUGGCGCCGUCCCGGUCGCGGGUCGGGUCGCUGAGAACCGGAAAGGGCGAGAAGGCUAGCGUGGCGCCCGUGAGCGCGCAGGUGAGCGCGCAGGUGAGCGCCCAGGCGACCGUGGAAGACGUGAAAAGCCUCCAAGAAGCCAAGGGAAAGGCGCAGGAGCUCCCGGAGGCGAAACUCGAGAAAGCCUUCCAACGGAUUGAUGAGCUAGAGAAGAUAAUCAGAGAACGGGAUGAAUUCCUGGAUCUAAUGAGCCGGAAGUUGAGUUUGAUGCCUGUUGGAGAAGAAGUCACCAUGGUCACCUGGGAAGAGCUGGAGCAAGCGAUUACUGAUGGCUGGAGGGCCUCACAAGGGGGCUCAGAGACAACAACAGGCCUUCCUAAACGCAAAGCACACGCUUCCAUAACAUCAAAUGAUGGAAUUCAAAGUGGAGUCUCCAUCAAGCACUCAAGUGCUGACCCGGCUUUGGAUACUGCCAGUGGCUAUGGCUCAGAUCGGACCUCAUCAGCAGGAAUCAGUGGUACAGUUUACCCCUCUGAGGGGGUUACCAGGGAACGAAGCAGAGGUGCCUCUGCUACUGCAUUCCCUGGUAGAGAACAUCCAAGGGCCCGUGAUGAAGCUGGCCUGGCAAAGCCCCAUCACCCGUCUAUGUCCCAAUUCAGAAAAGAGUCAGAUCGUCGUAGGAUGAGAGAGCCUCAGCUGCACAGCUUAGCACACCUAAGAAAAGAUGAACGAGAGGCACACCCUGGUCCAGUUCAACAGGACUUAGCUUCUGUGGCCAGAGACUGGCAUCAUCCUGUAUACCCAGAUCAGCAUGGGGAGGUGUCUGUAAGCCAGGGUCACAUCUAUUCAAGGCCAGAUCAGCAUGGAUUAGGACCACUUGGCAUGGAUCAGCUUCCAUUGCUCCAACCUAGCACUUACCCACAUGGUGUGGUACCCCACAGCAUGGGUCAGCUUGGUGUGAUGCCACCUGGAAUGGAUGAGCAGGGCUUGGUACUACCUGGCAUGGAUCAGCAGCGUGGUAUGGUGCCACCAUUGGCACCUGGCACAGAUCAGCAAAGAUUGGAACUACCUAGUACAGGUCAGCCUGGUAUGGUUCCACUUAGCACAUAUCAGCAUGGUGCAAUACCUCCUGGCGCAGACCAACAGUCUGGUGUGGAUCAGCAUGGAUUGGUACCCUUUAGCAUAGAUCAGCAUGGAUUUUUAGUAUCUGCCACGGAUCAACAAGGAAUGGAUCAACGUGGAUUGGUUCCAUAUCUUACAGAUCAACGUGGUUUGGUACCACCUGGUUUGAUGCAAGUUGCUGCAGAUCAGCAAGGUUUUGUACAGUCUGGUUUGGAAACAUCUGGGUUCAUUCAACCUGGUACAGAGCAGCAUGAUGUAAUCCAGCCUGGGGCAGAUCCACGUGGUUUGGUAGCAACUGGUACAGAUCAGACUACUUUGGCCCGACCUGGUACAGGUCAGCGUGGUUUGGUUCAGCCUGGUGCAGAUCAGCUUGGUUUGGUGCAGCCUGGUGCAGAUCAACGUGAUUUGGUGCAGCCUGAAGCAAGUCAGCCUGGUUUGGUGCCACCUGUUGCAGGUCGGCCUAGUACAAGUCAGCCUGGUUUGGUGCCACCUGUUGCAGGUCGGCCUAGUACAAGUCAGCCUGGUUUGGUGCCGCCUGUUGCAGGUCGGCCUAGUACAAGUCAGCCUGGUUUGGUGCCGCCUGUUGCAGGUCGGCCUAGUGUAAGUCAGCCUGGUUUGGUGCCGCCUGUUGCAGGUCGGCCUAGUGUAAGUCAGCCUGGUUUGGUGCCGCCUGUUGCAGGUCGGCCUAGUGUAAGUCAGCCUGGUUUGGUGCCGCCUGUUGCAGGUCGGCCUAGUGUAAGUCAGCCUGGUUUGGUGCCGCCUGUUGCAGGUCGGCCUAGUGUAAGUCAGCCUGGUUUGGUGCCGCCUGUUGCAGGUCGGCCUAGUGUAAGUCAGCCUGGUUUGGUGCCUCCUGUUGCAGGUCGGCCUAGUGUAAGUCAGCCUGGUUUGGUGCCUCCUAUUGCAGGUCGGCCUAGUGUAAGUCAGCCUGGUUUGGUGCAGCCUAUUGUAGGUCAAAGUGGUUUGGUCCAGCCUGGUGCUUAUCUACCUGAUUGGGUACAACCUGGUCCAUAUCCCAGUGGCUGGGGACAGCCUGUUGCAUAUCCAUUUGGCUUAGUACAGCCUGAUGUAUAUCCAUUUGGUUUGGUCCAGCCUAGUGCAGUUCAGCCUAGUUUGAUGCCAUCUGGAAUGGGUCAGCAAGAUUUAGCCCAACUUAGGAUGGGUCAGAAUGUUUUGGGGCAGCUGGAAAUGGAUCAACAUGGUUUGGUCCAACCUGAAAUGGAUCAGCGUGGUUUGGUUCAACCUGGUGCAGGUCAGCCCAGUUUGGUGCAGCCUGUUGCAAGUCAGCGUGGUUUGGUCCAACCUGGAAUAGAUCAGUAUGAUUCAGUCCAACUUGGAAUGGAUCAGCGUGGUUUGGUGCAGCCUGGUGCAGGUCAGCCUAGUUUGGUCCAGCCUGGUGCAGGUCAGCGUGGUUUGAUCCAGCCUGGAAUGGACCAGUACAGUUUAGUCCAACCUGGUAUAGGUCAGCCUAGUUUGAUCCAACCUGGUGGCCAGCCUGGUUUGGUCCAACAUGCAAUGGAUCAGUAUGGUUUAGUGCAACCUGGUAUAGCUCAGCAUGGUUUGGAUCAGCAUGGUUUGACGCAACCUGGUGCAGGUCAGCGUGGUUUGGUCCAAGUUGGUGCAGGUCAGCAUGGUUUGGUGCAACCUGGAAUGGAUCAGCGUAGUUUGGUGCAACCUGGUACAGGUCAGCCUGGUUUGGUCCAACCUGGAAUGGAUCAGCGUGGUUUGGUGCAACCUGGAACAGAUCAGCAUGGUUUGGUGCAACCUGGAAUGGAUCAGCGUGGUUUGGUACAACCUGAAAUGGAUCAGCGUAGUUUGGUGCAACCUGGUGCAGGUCGGCCUGGUUUGGUGCAACCUGGAAUGGACCAGCGUGGUUUGGUGCAACCUAGAAUGGAUCAGCAUAGUUUGGUGCAACCUGGUACAGGUCAGCGUGGUUUGGUCCAACCUGCAAUGGACCAGCGUGGUUUGGUGCAACCUGGUGCAGGUCAGCCUGGUUUGGUCCAGCGUGGAAUGGAUCAGCAUGGUUUGGUGCAACCUGAUGCAGGUCAGCCUGGUUUGGUCCAACCUGCAAUGGAUCAGCAUGGUUUGGUCCAACCUGGAAUGGAUCAGCGUGGUUUGGUGCAACCUGAUGCAGGUCAGCCUGGUUUGGUCCAACCUGGAAUGGAUCAGCAUGGUUUGGUGCAACCUGAUGCCAGUCAGCCUGGUUUGGUCCAACCUGCAAUGGAUCAGCGUGGUUUGGUGCAGCCUGGUGCAGGUCAGCCUGGAAUGGAUCAGCGUGGCUUGGUGCAGCCUGGUACAGCUCAGCCUGGUUUGGUCCAACAUGGUGCAGGUCAGCCUGGUUUGGUGCAACGUGGUGCAGGUCAGCCUGGUUUGGUCCAACCUGCAAUGGAUCAGCGUGGCUUGGUGCAGCCUGGUGCAGGUUGGCCUGGUUUGGUCCAACCUGGAAUGGAUCAGCAUGGCUUUGUGCAACCUGGUAUAGGUCAGCCUGGUUUGGUGCAGCCUGGAACAGAUCAGCGUGGCUUGGUGCAGCCUGGUACAGCUCAGCCUGGUUUGGUCCAAUAUGGUGCAGGUCAGCCUGGUUUGGUGCAACGUGGUGCAGGUCAGCCUGGUUUGGUCCAACCUGAAAUGGAUCAGCGUGUUUUGGUGCAACCUGAUGCCAGUCAGCCUGGUUUGGUCCAACCUGUAAUGGAUCAGCGUGGUUUGGUGCAACCUGGUGCAGGUCAGCCUGGUUUGGUGCAGCCUGGAACAGACCAGCGUGGUUUGGUGCAGCCUGGUGCAGGUCAGCCUGGAAUGGAUCAGCAUGGCUUGGUGCAGCCUGGUACAGCUCAGCCUGGUUUGGUCCAACGUGGUGUAGCUCAGCCUGGUUUGGUGCAACGUGGUGCAGGUCAGCCUGGUUUGGUUCAACCUGCAAUGGAUCAGCGUGGCUUGGUGCAGCCUGGUGCAGGUCGGCCUGGUUUGGUCCAACCUGGAAUGGAUCAGCGUGGUUUGGUGCAACCUGAUGCCAGUCAGCCUGGUUUGGUCCAGCCUGGAAUGGAUCAGAGUGGUUUGGUGCAGCCUGGUGCAGGUCAGCCUGCUUUGGUCCAACCUGGUGCAGGUCAGCCUGCUUUGGUCAGACCUGGUAUGGAUCAGCGUGGUUUGGUCCAACCUGGAGCAGUCCAGCCUGCUUUAGUCAGACCUGGAAUGGAUCAGCGUGGUUUGGUGCAACUUCGUCCAGGUCAGCCUGGUUUGAUCCAACCCGAAAUGGAUCAGCAUGGUUUGGUCCAACGUGGUGUAGCUCGGCCUGGUUUGGUGCAACCUGGUGCAGGUCAGCCUGGUUUGGUCCAACCUAGAAUGGAUCAGCGUGGGUUGGUACAACCUGGCGCAGGUCAGCCUGGUUUGGUUCAGUCUGGUGUAGGUCAGCCUGGUUUGGUGCAGCUUGGUGCAGGUGGUUUGGUGCAACGUGGAGUGGAUCAGCAUGGUUUAGUACAGGCUGGCACAGAUCCACGUGGCUUUUUUCAACCUGGCACAUAUCCUCCUGGCUUGGUUCAACCCAGUGCAUAUCCACCCAGUUUGGUACAGCCCGGUGCAUACCUGCCUGGUUUAGUACAGCCUGGUGCCUAUCCACGUGGUUUGGUUCCACCUGGUGCCUAUCCUCGUGGUUUGGCCCAACCUGGUACAUAUCCACAUGGUUUUAUGCAGCCUAGUGUUGAUCAGCGUAGUUUGGUUCAGCCUGGAAUUGAUCAGCGUGGCUUGAGGCGAUCUGGUACAGAACAACAAGACUUGAUACUACCAGGCACAGAGCUUCAUGGCUCUCCAACAGUCCACCCAGAGUUUCCAAGAUUUGUAUCACCACAUCCAUAUCAGCAUGGUGUAAUACCUCCUGGCAGAUAUCAAUAUGGUCAGGUGUCACCUCUCCUAGCCGAGCAAGGUUUAGUAUCAGCAGGUAUUGGCCAGGGUUUAUCAGAAACUUACCAGCAAGGUUUGAUGCAUCCUGGCGCAGACCAGCAUGGCCCAACACCAUUAAGCACUCGUGCGGGAUCUGUACACCUAGAUCAACAGCAUUUGACAUCACUUGGCCCAGAUCAGCAUGGCCAGGUACAACCAGGUACAGAGCAGCAUGACCAUGCAUACUCCAUCCCAGAAUCCCGUGACCUAAUGUAUCCUCCUGGCCUUCGUGACUCAGGCGUCCCAGGGGUAGAUCAGCACGUCCAGGUCAGUUUGGAUCCAAAACAAAUAUAUACCGUGGACCAACCAGGGAUUUCUGUCCAGACUAGUCCAGGCCAGGAAGCCACCUCUGCCAGGAGUACGGACUAUCUGAACAACCUCUACCGAGUCUCAUCAGAAAAGAGUGAUUUCCAGAGCGAAAGACACGAUUCACUGGAUAAACUGGCUCCUAGCUUCCCCAUGGCGGUGGAGACAUUUCGUCUGAUGGGAGAGAUCAUUGGCCUCUACGUGGAGCUCAAGGAGAACAUGAAAGAGCUAAAUGAGGAACAGGCUGGCCAGACGGAUUUGGAGAAGAUACAGUACCUGCUGGCGCUCAUGGUCAAAAAGAGCAUACCCCCUGACCUGCAGGAACAGCUGAAGACUCUCAAGUCCUUAACCAAAGAAGUUCGACAGGAAAAAGCAAAACUGGACAGGAUGCAGAGGAUCCUGGAGGGCGAUGGGGAGCAAGAAAUAGGAAAAGAGAUGAAGGAUGGCCAGCUGAGCUUGCAGCUGGGAAUCCUCAGAGUCACCGUGGCUGACAUUGAGAAGGAACUGGCUGAGCUGAGGGAGAGCCAAGAGCGGGGCAAGGUCAGCAUGGAACAUUCGGUGUCCGAAGCCUCCCUCUACCUGCAGGACCAGCUGGACAAGCUCAGGACGAUCAUCGAGAGCAUGCUGGCCUCGUCUUCCACGCUGCUGUCCAUGAGCAUGGCUCCUUCCAAGACCUUGGCGACCUUGGUACCUGGCCAGAUUGACCCUGAGGCCACCUGCCCAGCCUGCAGCCUGGACCUGAGCCAUCAGGUCAGCACGCUGGUGCAGCGCUACGAGCAGCUCCAGGACAUGGUCAACAAUCUGGCUGCCUCCCGGCCCUCCAAGAAAGCCAAGCUCCAGAGCCAGGACGAAGAGCUGCUGGGCCACGUCCAGAGUGCCAUCCUGCAGGUGCAGGGCGACUGCGAGAAGCUCAACAUCACCACCAGCAACCUCAUCGAAGACCAUCGGCAGAAGCAGAAAGACAUUGACGUGCUGUACCACAGUCUAGAGAAGCUAGAGAAAGAAAAGGCCAAUAGGGAGCACCUGGAAAUGGAGAUUGAUGUGAAAGCUGAUAAGAGCGCCCUGGCGGCCAAAGUGAGCCGCGUCCAGUUCGAUGCCACCACGGAGCAGCUGAACCACAUGAUGCAGGAGCUGGUGGCCAAGAUGAGCGGGCAGGAGCAGGACUGGCAGAAAAUGCUGGACAAGCUGCUGGCGGAGAUGGACAGCAAGCUGGACCGCCUGGAGCUGGACCCGGUGAAGCGGUCGCUGGAGGAUCGCUGGCAGGCCCUGCGGCGGCAGCUCAAAGAGCGCUCCCCGCUCUACCAGGCAGACGAGGCGGCGGCCAUGCGCAGGCAGCUCUUGGCACAUUUCCACUGCCUCUCCUGUGACCGUCCCCUGGAGACGCCUGUGACCGGACAAAUUAUCCCUGUGAUGCCCGUGGGCCCGGGCCUGCCUGGGCACCGUUCCAUCCGCCCCUACACCAUCUUUGAACUGGAGCAGGUCCGGCAGCAGAGCCGCAGCCUAAAGCUGGGCAGUGCUCCCUUCCCUCGGGGCGACCUGGCGCACCUGGAGCGGAGCGUGGGGCGCCUGCGCACCAUGCACUCCAAGAUGCUGAUGGACAUAGAGAAGGUGCAGAUCCACUUUGGAGGCUCGGUCAAGGCCAGCAGCCAGAUGAUCCGUGAGCUGCUGCAGGCACAGUGUCUGAGCUCCCCCUGCUACAAACGGGUGCCAGAAACGGCUGACUACACGUACUCGAGCGUGCCUCGGCGCUGCGGGGGCAGCCACACGCUCACCUACCCCUACCGCCGCAACCGCCUGCAGCACCCGUCCCAGGGCCUGUACCCCACCGAGGAGGUCCAGAUCGCCAUGAAGCAUGACGAAGUGGAUAUCUUGGGUCUGGAUGGACAUAUUUACAAGGGACGGAUGGAUACAAGGUUGCCGGGCAUCCUGAGCAAAGACACCUCUUUCUCGGGGAUGCCAAAGCACAAGGCCAAGCAGUCCCGGCCCCACGUGCACCGGCAACAGUCCCUCAGCGACAACAGCCAGCUGCCCUCCCGGCCUCAGAGCGCUCAGAUGCUGGCCGGCAGCAGUUCAGCUCCUUCUCAGCCGCAGAAAGACAGGCCCGUGUCCUCCGAGGGGCACCUCUCUCAGCCCAGUGUUGCCCACCCGCCCAGCCCCAACGAGAUGGCCAACCUGCCCGCGGGGCCGGAGACGCACAGGGAUGUGCCUCCUGGGGAGGGGCUCGAGGAGCCCACCCGGGGGCCGCGGUCCACAGCUCAUUGAGCCCAGUUACUAAUAAAUGUUUAGGAAGAA